UGACUUAAUCUGUGUCUUUAUUUCUUCCCAGGGCAGCCCAAUGGAUCCUAUGGUGAUGAAGAGACCUCAGUUGUAUGGGAUGGGCAGUAACCCUCAUUCUCAGCCUCAGCAGAGCAGCCCUUACCCGGGAGGCUCCUAUGGCCCCCCAGGCCCUCAGCGGUAUCCAAUCAGCAUCCAGGGUCGGACCCCAGGGGCCAUGGGAGGAAUGCAGUACCCACAGCAGCAGAUGCCACCUCAGUAUGGACAGCAAGGUGUGAGUGGUUACUGCCAGCAGGGCCAGCAGCCUUACUACAACCAGCAGCCGCAGCCUCCGCACCUCCCUCCGCAGGCACAGUACCUGCCGUCCCAGUCCCAGCAAAGGUACCAGCCGCAGCAGGACAUGUCUCAGGAAGGCUAUGGAACUAGGUCUCAACCUCCUUUGGCUCCUGGAAAACCUAACCAUGAAGACUUGAAUUUAAUACAACAAGAAAGACCAUCAAGUUUACCAGUUGAAGUCUUGGCCUCGGAGGAUACCGCCUUUGGACUCAAGGACCUGUCUGGCUCCAUCGAUGACCUCCCCACGGGAACGGAGGCAACUCUAAGCUCAGCAGUCAGUGCGUCUGGGUCCACGAGCAGCCAAGGGGAUCAGAGCAACCCGGCUCAGUCACCUUUCUCUCCGCACGCAUCCCCACAUCUCUCCAGCAUCCCCGGGGGCCCAUCGCCUUCUCCCGUCGGCUCUCCUGUGGGCAGCAACCAGUCACGAUCUGGCCCGAUUUCUCCUGCAAGUAUUCCAGGCAGUCAGAUGCCUCCUCAGCCACCUGGGAGCCAGUCAGAAUCCAGUUCCCAUCCUGCCUUGAGCCAGUCACCAAUGCCACAGGAAAGAGGUUUUAUGGCAGGCACACAAAGAAACCCUCAGAUGUCUCAAUAUGGACCUCAACAGACAGGACCAUCCAUGUCGCCUCAUCCUUCUCCUGGAGGUCAGAUGCAUCCUGGAAUCAGUAGCUUUCAGCAGAGUAACUCAAGUGGGACUUAUGGUCCACAGAUGAGCCAGUAUGGACCACAAGGUAACUACUCCAGACCCCCAACAUAUAGCGGGGUGCCCAGUGCAAGCUACAGCGGCCCAGGGCCCGGCAUGGGCAUCAAUGCCAACAACCAGAUGCAUGGACAAGGGCCAAGCCAGCCAUGUGGUGCUAUGCCCCUGGGACGAAUGCCAUCAGCUGGGAUGCAGAACAGACCAUUUCCUGGAACUAUGAGCAGCAUGACCCCCAGCUCUCCCGGCAUGUCUCAGCAGGGAGGGCCAGGAAUGGGGCCGCCGAUGCCAACCGUGAACCGUAAGGCACAGGAGGCAGCCGCCGCAGUGAUGCAGGCCGCUGCGAACUCGGCUCAGAGCAGGCCACCAUACGUUAGGUCGCCUGCUUAUCCCAGCCAGUCUGGGGCUGGCGGACGCCCCAUGUUUUCUUCCCAGCACCCCAACUAUGGCAACUCUCAGGCUCCCAUGAUGCACCAGCCUGACCAGUACGGGCAAGGCAGUUUUCCGGGCAUGAAUCAGAGUGGACUUAUGGCUUCCAGCUCUCCCUACAGCCAGCCCGUGAACAACAGCUCUGGGCUGAUGAACACCCAGGCACCCCCCUACAGCAUGACGCCCAAUAUGGUGAACAGCUCAGCAGCAUCUAUGGGUCUUGCAGAUAUGAUGUCUCCCGGGGAAUCCAAAUUGCCCAUGCCUCUCAAAGCCGACGGUAAAGAAGAAGGCACUCCACAGCCUGAGAGCAAGUCGAAGGAUAGCUACAGCUCUCAGGGUAUUUCUCAGCCCCCAACCCCCGGCAACCUGCCAGUCCCUUCCCCAAUGUCCCCCAGCUCUGCUAGCAUCUCCUCCUUUCAUGGAGAUGAGAGCGAUAGCAUUAGCAGCCCAGGCUGGCCAAAGACUCCAUCAAGCCCUAAGUCCAGCUCAUCCACCACUACUGGGGAAAAGAUCACAAAGGUGUAUGAGUUGGGGAAUGAGCCCGAGAGAAAGCUAUGGGUCGACAGAUACCUUACCUUCAUGGAAGAGAGAGGCUCCCCUGUCUCGAGUCUGCCCGCUGUGGGCAAGAAGCCCUUGGACCUGUUCCGGCUCUACGUCUGCGUCAAGGAGAUUGGAGGUUUGGCACAGGUUAAUAAAAACAAGAAGUGGCGUGAGCUGGCAACCAACCUAAACGUUGGCACUUCAAGCAGCGCGGCAAGCUCCCUGAAAAAGCAGUAUAUUCAGUACCUGUUUGCCUUUGAGUGCAAGAUUGAGCGUGGGGAGGAGCCCCCGCCGGAAGUCUUCAGCACCGCCGACACCAAGAAGCAGCCCAAGCUCCAGCCGCCCUCUCCUGCUAACUCAGGAUCCUUGCAAGGUCCACAGACCCCCCAAUCAACUGGCAGUAACUCGAUGGCAGAGGUUCCAGGUGACCUGAAGCCACCGACCCCAGCCUCCACGCCUCACGGACAGAUGACCCCAAUGCAAGGUGGAAGAAGCAGUGCAGUCAGCGUGCACGACCCAUUCUCAGACGCCAGUGAUUCAUCAUUCCCGAAACGGAACUCCAUGACUCCGAGCGCCCCCUACCAGCAGGGCAUGAGCAUGCCUGACGUGAUGGGAAGGAUGCCCUAUGAACCCAACAAGGACCCCUUUGGUGGAAUGAGAAAAGUGCCUGGAAGUAGUGAGCCCUUUAUGACUCAAGGACAGAUGCCCACUAGCAGCAUGCAGGACAUGUAUAACCAAAGUCCCUCUGGAGCGAUGUCCAGUCUGGGCAUGGGGCAGCGGCAGCAGUUUCCCUACGGAACCAGUUACGAUCGAAGGCAUGAACCUUAUGGGCAGCAGUACCCAGGCCAAGGCCCUCCCUCAGGACAGCCGCCAUAUGGAGGACACCAGCCCGGCCUGUAUCCACAGCAGCCGAAUUACAAACGCCAUAUGGACGGCAUGUACGGGCCCCCGGCCAAACGCCACGAGGGAGACAUGUACAACAUGCAGUACGGCAACCAGCAGCAGGAGCUGUAUAACCAGUAUGGGAGCUCUUACUCCGGACCGGACAGGAGGCCCCUCCAGGGACAGUACCCCUACCCCUACAACAGAGAGCGGAUGCAGGGCCCGGGGCAGCUCCAGCCGCAUGGCAUCCCACCUCAGAUGAUGGGCGGCCCGAUGCAGUCGUCCUCCAGCGAGGGGCCUCAGCAGAGCAUGUGGGCGACGCGCAACGAUAUGCCUUACCCCUACCAGAACAGGCAAGGCCCCGGCGGCCCCGCCCAGGCACCUCCUUAUCCAGGCAUGAACCGCACGGAUGAUAUGAUGGUACCUGAUCAAAGGAUAAAUCACGAGAGCCAGUGGCCUUCUCACGUCAGCCAACGUCAGCCUUAUAUGUCCUCUCCCGCCUCCAUGCAGCCCAUCACGCGCCCGCCUCAGUCAUCCUACCAGACGCCACCAUCACUGCCAAAUCACAUCUCCAGAGCCCCCAGCCCCGCGUCCUUCCAGCGCUCCCUGGAGAGCCGCAUGUCUCCAAGCAAGUCUCCCUUUCUGCCCUCCCUGAAGAUGCAGAAGGUCCUGCCCACCGUCCCCACGGCCCAGGUCACGGGGCCGCCCCCCCAGCCGCCCCCCAUCAGAAGGGAGAUCACCUUUCCUCCUGGCUCCGUCGAGGCAUCACAGCCCGUCUUGAAACAAAGGCGAAAGAUUACCUCAAAAGAUAUCGUUACUCCUGAGGCCUGGCGUGUGAUGAUGUCCCUUAAGUCAGGUCUUCUGGCUGAAAGUACUUGGGCUCUGGACACUAUUAACAUUCUCCUGUAUGAUGACAGCACGGUCGCUACCUUCAGUCUCUCCCAGUUAUCCGGAUUUCUCGAACUUUUAGUAGAGUACUUUAGAAAAUGCCUGAUUGACAUUUUUGGAAUUCUUACGGAAUACGAGGUGGGAGACCCCAGCCAGAAAGCACUUGACCACAACGCGGUGCAGAGAGAUGACAGCCAGGCGUUGGCCGACGAUUCUGGGAAAGAGGAGGAAGAUGCCGAGUGUAUCGAUGAGGAAGAGGAGGAGGACGAGGAGGAGGAGGAGGACAGUGGGAAGACGGAGACAGAGGAGAAGAGCAGCGGGGCUCUGGCCUCUCCCAACGCCACCGCGGAUCCAAAGGAGAAGCCCAGGCAAGCGAGUAAGUUCGACAAGCUGCCGAUAAAGAUAGUCAAGAAGAACAACUUGUUCGUGGUCGACCGGUCUGACAAGCUGGGUCGCGUUCAGGAGUUUAGCAGUGGACUUCUGCACUGGCAGCUCGGUGGGGGGGACACCACCGAGCACAUCCAGACUCACUUUGAGAGCAAGAUGGAAAUCCCGCCUCGGAGGCGUCCGCCUCCACCCGUGAGCUCCACAGGUCGGAAGAAAGAGCAGGAAGGAAAAGGCGAGGCGGACGAGCAGCAAGAGAAAAGCAUCAUCGCGACCAUUGAUGACGUCCUGUCUGCUCGGCCCGGGGCGCUGCCGGAAGACGCGAACCCUGGCACCCAGACCGAAAGCAGUAAGUUUCCCUUUGGGAUCCAUCAAGCCAAAAGUCACCGCAACAUCAAGCUGCUGGAGGACGAGCCAAGGAGCCGGGACGAGACUCCUCUCUGCACCAUCGCGCACUGGCAGGAUUCUCUGGCCAAGCGCUGUAUCUGUGUGUCAAAUAUUGUCCGUAGCUUGUCUUUUGUGCCUGGCAAUGACGCCGAAAUGUCCAAACAUCCAGGCCUGGUGCUGAUCCUGGGGAAGCUGAUCCUCCUUCACCACGAGCAUCCGGAGAGAAAACGAGCGCCGCAGACCUACGAGAAAGAGGAAGACGAGGACAAAGGGGUGGCCUGCAGCAAGGAUGAGUGGUGGUGGGACUGCCUGGAGGUCUUAAGGGAUAACACGUUGGUCACGUUGGCCAACAUUUCCGGGCAGCUAGACUUGUCUGCUUACACAGAAAGCAUCUGCUUGCCAAUUUUGGAUGGCUUGCUGCACUGGAUGGUGUGCCCGUCUGCAGAGGCACAAGACCCCUUUCCCACUGUGGGACCCAACUCUGUCCUGUCGCCUCAGAGACUCGUGCUGGAGACCCUCUGUAAACUCAGCAUCCAGGACAACAACGUGGACCUGAUCUUGGCCACGCCUCCAUUUAGCCGUCAGGAGAAAUUCUAUGCUACGUUAGUUAGGUACGUUGGGGAUCGCAAAAACCCAGUCUGUCGAGAAAUGUCCAUGGCGCUCUUAUCGAACCUUGCCCAAGGGGACGCGCUGGCAGCAAGGGCAAUAGCUGUGCAGAAGGGGAGCAUUGGAAACUUGAUAAGCUUCCUAGAGGACGGGGUCACCAUGGCCCAGUAUCAGCAGAGCCAGCAUAACCUCCUGCACAUGCAGCCCCCGCCUCUAGAGCCACCGAGUGUGGACAUGAUGUGCAGGGCGGCCAAGGCUCUGCUGGCCAUGGCCAGGGUGGACGAGAACCGCUCGGAAUUCCUCCUGCACGAGGGCCGAUUGCUGGACAUCUCGAUAUCAGCCGUCCUGAACUCUCUGGUUGCGUCUGUCAUCUGUGAUGUACUGUUUCAGAUCGGGCAGUUAUGACAUCCGUGAGAAGGCAGCAUGUGUGAGUGAAGACUAGAGGCUCCCGUAUAACUGGCUGUUUUCUGUUCUUGUUUAUCCAGCGUAGGAAGAAGGAAAAGAAAAUCUCUGCUCCUCUGCCCCAUUCACUAUUUACCAAUUGGGAAUUAAAGAAAUAAUUAAUUCGAACAGUUAUGAAAUUAAUAUUUGCUGUCUGUGUGUAUAAGUACAUCUUUUUGGGGUUUUUUAUUUUGGUUUUUUUUUUUGUUUUGUUUUGGUUUUUGGUUUGUUUUUUUUUUUUAACCAAAGUUGCUGUCUAGUGCAUUCAAAGGUCACUUUUUGUUUUUCACAGAUUUUCUUUUUAAUGUUCUUUUCCAUGUUGUAUUGCAUUUUGGGGGGGGGAAGCAAAUUGACUUUAACGAAAAAAAUUGUGGCAAAAGAUGCUAAGAUGGGAAAAUUUCACCACACUGAGGCAAAAAGGUGAAAAAUUACCAACUUGCUAGGCAUGUUAUUCAGAUAAUGGAAAAAAAACAAAAAACUGUAUCCCAUCGCCCAAAGCGCUGUGCAAUAGAAACUUCUAGAGUUGUAGGAAUAGGGGCUCAAGGAGGUGUGUCAGUCAGUAGUCAAACUAUGAAAUGAUACUGGUUUCUUCACAAGAAAAUGGUUACAUUAGGUUAGGAGCAAAAACAAUGUUUUUUUUUUUUAAGUUAAGAUUGAAAAUACAUACCUGACAACGAUCAGUGGAAACUGCUUCCUCACCACUACCGUCAUGUCUGCUGUCUGUCGUCUGACCUUCCACAUGACAGUUCUUCACAAUUCCUUUAAUCAUUUUUUUAAAUAUUUUUUUUUUACUGCCUAUGGGCUGUGAUGUAUAUAGAAGUUGUACAUGAAACAUACCCUCAUUUUUUCUUUUUCUUUUCCUUUUUUUUUUUUUUAGUACAAAGUUUUUAGUUUCUUUUUCAUGAUGUGGUAACUACGAAGUGAUGGUAGAUUUAAAUAAUUUUUUAUUUUUAUUUUAUAUAUUUUUUCAUUAGGGCCAUAUCUCCAAAAAAAAAAAAAUACAAAAAAUACAAAAAACAAAAACAAAAAAACACACAAAAAAAGAGGGUAAUGUACAAGUUUCUGUAUGUAUAAAGUCAUGCUCUAUUUCGGGAGAGCAGCUGAUCACAAUUUGCUUCAUGAAUCAAGGUGUGGAAAUGGUUGCAUAUGGAUUGAUUUAGACUAUGGCUACCGGUACAGACAAAAAAGAAAAAAUACAACUAAAAGGAAGAAACACAACUUCAAAGAUUUUUCAGUGACAAGAAUCCACAUUUGUAUUUCAAGAUAAUGUAGUUUAAAAAAAAAAAGAAAAAAACGAUGUAAAUUCCUCCUUUUCCUCUGGCUUAAUGAAUAUCAUUUAUUCAGUAUAAAAUCUUUAUAUGUUCCACAUGUUAAGAAUAAAUGUACAUUAAAUCUUGUUAA